GAGUAAACUUUGAGUAAUUUCACUGAAAGAAGAACAAUCUUGUUUUAAACAUAAAAUCACCAGACUCAGACACACACCUGCGGGUUUGGUUAGCUGCACAAGUUUUAUGUUGAAAGAAAUUUAUUUGGAGAACUCUUUAUUUUUUGCCUAAUUUUGUUUUCUGUAACUAUGUUUAUAUGAAUUACUUUCAUUCUCAUCUUUAAAAUACCAAAAUUUCAACUUCAGUUUUACAUUUUGAUCCGUCUGAUGAUGUAAUUUUUAGGUAUUAAAUGAUUGAUGUUUUCAUCAGUUAUCAGUACAUGAGUAGCCUUUUUACCAAGUAUUUCUUUACUAGAGUAAUUUCUUGAAUGGCUAGAUUUUACUUUCACUUGAGUAAAAAGAUGUUGAAGUAUUUUUUGGGUACACUAUCCGCCUCUAUAUAAUUGUUACGCUGCUCUUGUUUGUGUUCCAGAAGACGUUAGCGAAGGUGAAAUAAUUUAUUUGAGCAAUGUUAUUGAUACUUUCUUUUACAGGGCAAGAACAGCAAUUCAGCACUGUAGCGGUGGUGAACAGAUCGGUUGUGACUCGCUGGCUGUGUUUGCAGAUGUGAGAUGAACUGGGUCAGACGAUGUGUGGACUGGUCCUCCCCCUGGGUCUGCUGCUGUGGAUCCUACUAGCAGCACGAGGUGUAGCAGCCGUGGUCCAAACUCAGCAGACUGUGUCAGCCGCACUGGGAAAAGAUGCCACUUUCAUCUGUCAGCUCCUGGAAACUAAAGUUGUCUCGCAGGUCACCUGGCAGAAGGUCUCGGAGAACACAGAGAGGAAUAUCGGCGCUUACUCCGAGAAAUUUGGUCCAUCGGUGUAUCCAGAAUAUAAAGAUAAAGUUCAGUUUACGGAAGCUGGACUGCAGAAGAACUCCAUAGUUAUCAGGAACGUCACAGAGCAGGAUGCAGGAUGUUAUCGCUGCCUGUUCGCCACCUUCCCUGAUGGAAAUCUGAUAGGGAGAACCUGCCUGAAGGUUUAUGGGUCGUCUGAAUAUUCUGCGUCGUAUGACAGAGGCGUCACAUGGCUUUCUACUGCUGCAGCAGUGGCAGCCUGGAAUUUUUUACUGUCCUGCUUGUACUAGGAAUAAGAAAAAAAACUUUCAAAGGACGCCACAGAAAAUGCAAGCAUGUAAUUCAUUCCUCAGUAUCACAGAUAGAUUUAUGGUCUUUUACCAGGAAUUACUAUGCUGGACAUCAAGGAGGACCUGACCAAAGCAGCUGAAGAAGAACUGUACUUCCACCAUUAGUGGAACCAGCCAGACUUUCCUUCUUGAGCAAACAGCAGCUCUUUCCAAAUGUCACUGUAAUGCAGGAAUUCCUGACACACGCAGAGUUCAAGGAGAGACUGAUUGUUGUUGAAUCUUUUGCACAAUUGUGCUACUUUAAUCACUAGCAACUCUGUAUUUAAUCUGUUGCUUUCAGUGACCUUUGUGUCUUUGCCUGGGUGUUACUUCAGGAUUUGUAAGAACGGAUGUCUUCUUAAAAAGAUCCACUGAAUCUGUAAAAA